AUGUCUUUCAACCCGGGAAACAAUCAUGGCAGCUGGCAAGCUGGAUCACGCCUGCGCACAUGGGAUGAACAGCCUAACCAGCUGGUGCCGCAGGCUCCUAGCACAUCUCCGCACGAGUUUCAACACCGCCGAGCAGAUGUGCAGCUGGUACCAACCCUCAUUCAUAACGGCAACUACGGGCAAGCUGUUGGGCAAGCGCCCUGGACACAAACACCGCCAAAAACACAUUCCCACUUCUCACAGUAUGAACAGCUUCCCUCUAUCUUGCAGAACUCCCCGCGAUUUCAUUCAACACAGUAUGUUCCAUUUCCAGCUACCUCAGUAGCAUAUCAAGGAGCCCCCCAACAGAAUUGGCGACGCACGACGACCGGCAGUCCUGGCCCUUCUGCUGCGACAAAUCGUGCGCGAGCAGCUAGUGCAGCUAGAAUAAACCGAAUCCGCGCGAACAUCGAUCCUGUAGAGCAGAAGGUGGAAAGGCGAGGAACACCGCUACAACGAAGUAGAAGCGGCACACAGUAUACACCUCUGCUACGGAAUCCCCCGAGCCAAAGCAGCUCAAGACACCAAGAACCAGUAUCAGACCUUCGAGGCUAUCAAGCACCAUACCCACCUCGAUCCUCCAAUUCUACUCUUCCGCCAAAGCACCUUGCCCUCGGCCAACAAUCCCAUCAACCACAGCCAGACCCCAAAAUGGCUGACCCGGAAUCUCCACCCUACACAGACUCUGAUAUCGAUGAGGCGUUGGAGAGGUGGGCUGUAAGGACAGGACUAUCUGAACAGUCUCCAGUGCAAUCGCCUCCUACUUCAACUCCCAAAGAGCAACCAGAUACCCCUUCCUCGUUCGCCGAAGAGCAACCAGACACGCCUUCCUCACUCGCCGAAUCAACACCCGAGGUACCCCAAGCAGAGCGACGACGAAUCAGCCUGGUAGAAGCGAUAAUGGCAGUCGGCGACCAGCCUGGACAAGAAAAGCUCGAUAAUCAGGGCGAAGAGGAGAUGAGGGAUUACUUCACUCGGUUGGUGCAGGAGGCGGAGGAGCUGACGAAGAAACAAAUGGCAGAGUGGGAGGUGGAGAGGUUGGAGAAGUUGAGGAAGAGGGAGGGAAAGAACUACACCAACUUGGCGGGGUUGAACAACCUUCCGACGAACGGAUUUUCGGAAGCAUCGAACGUCAGGCUGGCUUACUCGUACCCCCCAGAGGGCCUUGAACGCCUCUCUAGUCCUGACUUCAGCGCGGCUAGCAACAGUCCCCCGGCUGGCUUACACUCGCCCAAACCACAGGGCCACACAAGGACACUGGAGCCUGCCACCACUCCCGAGGACGCGCCGCUUGACACGCCGCCCGGACAAUCCGGCCAACGCUCGCACUUCGCCCCGUCCCUGCAGGCGUACCAGCGAAACAACGACAGAGAAUUCAACAUGAGCUUCGACCCUUCUUCGCCCACCCGGGAGUACGCCGCUGUCAAGGAUGGCGGCGAGGAGCCUGCGCCCAUGGCUCAACCGGAAGACAACCAGGCUCGCCGUGAAUCGAGUGACGACGACAUGCCCAUCAUGAUCCGCCGACAACUCCGAGAGCGUGCCAAGGAGCGUGAGGAGAGCAUUGCUCUACGGGAUCGUCGCCCUGUGCGAGACAAUGGCCGCGACUCUGACCGUCCUCCUCCCCGCCAAGUGUCAAAGCCGUCCCCCAAGAAAGUCGGCAAGGGACAAAAGAAGCCUGGACCACGAGCAUGGGCGGCGAAGCCUAUCAUGAAGAAUGAUAUGGUAGCGAAGAAGGCAGUCAUCCGCGAGAUCGAGAGCUACUGGGGCAAAGGGUUCAUCAAGUCCUAUAUCCCGAAGUGUCACCGCCCUCUGGUCAAACGUGGUAACCACGGCAAGCGCUCCAUAUACCGCGACCACGAGUCCGAUCCUAAGAAGUGGCUUCCUUCUGUCCUGAAGGCCAUUCUCAUGAUCGCGAAGCUUACCGACAGCAAGAAGUGGCUGAAGGAUGCCAUGAACGAGGUCGUUCGUUAUCGCAUCAAGCAUACCGGCAAUCGCAAGCCCCAGUUAGUCACUACUGACUUUGAUGUGAUAGAGGACAUGCUUGUGAAGCAGUGGACUGUCGCUUACGCUUUCGAGAUCCGUUACAAGCAUCUUCUGGUGAAUCGCAAGGACCAGCAAGAGACCGACGAAGACAUUGAUCACAUUCUACAAGCUGGCUCUGAUCCAGAUGAUGGUAGCGAGGACGAACAUGAGAACGACGACGCGGACAUGGAUGACCAAGAGGAGGAUGAUGACGAUGAUGACGAUGAAGACGAGGACGACAUGGACCAGGGCCACGGUGGUAUCUCCGGCAAGUAUCUCCAGUCGAGCGGCUACACCAAGGGGCCUCAGUAUUCACCACCUGCUCUUCCUCGCCAGCAAGUCAAGCAACAGAAGUCGUCCAAGCCGGGCCCUACUAAGGCAGGACAGCCCAAACAGCCCCCGCCUCCUCAUCAACAACAGCAGAACAUGUACGGGUAUGGCGGGCAAAUGCCUGGCUAUGGUCCCCCAAUGGAUCCUUGGGGUCGUCCGAUGCCUUCUUUUGGUGGUUCAGACAGUUACGGCGGUUAUGGUGGCUACGGCGGAUACGGUGGAUACGGCGGAUAUGGCGGCUAUGGCCCCCCUCAAUAUCCGAUCAAACAGGAGCGUCAAUCAUCUCAGCAGCCUCAUCAUUAUGGCAUGCACCCUCCUCACCACCCGAUGACACCGGCACCCAGCAUGCACGAUUCCGAGUAUAGUGGCAGGCCUGACAACAAGAACAAGCGUGGUCGCGACGGUUAUGAGCAGGGAAAUCCGAAUGGCCCUCGCCCCAAAAUCAAACGUGAGUCUCCAGCAUAUGACGAGCGUACCAUGUCUAUGGACGACUUCGACGGCCCAAUGAACGAGUUUGGUGCUCAAGACGACAUCGACGAUAGCUCCGCCGCCAUCGACGCAGAGGUGGAAGCCGCUGAGCUUGAACUGAAGCUUGCCCGUCUUCGCGCCAAAAAGGCUGCCAUGAAGAAGUCCACUUAG